CUAUGAUAUAAAUUACCCUAAAACAUCGAGGGUAAAUACGACACUUUUUCCUAUUAAAGGGGGGAAGUUAUACUAAAAGCUAACAAUGUCCAAAAUUGCUACUUUUUGAUGUUCUUUUUGGUACAGUUUCUUCUUUUGUCGUGAGAUAGUUGCUUAUUCUAAUGACUUGAUCAUCUAUCAGAGAUAAAGAAAAGAAUGAUACCUAUACCUCGACCAUUCACCCAAAUGACAAAAAUUCCAUUCUUUUCUUAUUUCUUUAGAAGAAAGUGUAGUUCUUUCUCCUUCUGUCAUUCUUCUUUCCCUUGUAUGACUUCAUCUUUGUCUCUUGCCAUUACCUAUAAAUUCCAGAAAACCUCAACAUGAAUCUCAAGUAAAUAAAACUAGUUCUUUGUGUAAAUAUCAAUACCUUAAAAGCUUUAACGACUUGCCAAAAUGGCUAGCUCACCAGCCCUGAAGAGAUCGGACUCCAUAGCCGAUAGCAUGCCAGAGGCCUUAAGGCAAAGCCGGUACCACAUGAAGAAAUGUUUUGCCAAAUAUAUAGCGCAAGGGAAGAGGAUGAUGAAACUUCAUAACUUGAUGGAUGAAUUAGAGAAAGUAAUUGAUGAUCCGGAUGAAAGGAGCCAUGUUUUGGAAGGUUUACUAGGCUACAUAUUAUGUACUACAAUGGAGGCUGCAGUUGUUCCUCCCUACCUUGCCUUUGCCACAAGACAGAAUCCCGGAUUCUGGGAAUAUGUAAAAGUGAAUGCUAAUGAUCUUUCUGUUGAGGGUAUUACAGCUACAGAGUACUUGAAAUUCAAGGAAAUGAUAGUUGAUGAAAACUGGGCAAAAGAUGAAUAUGCACUGGAAAUUGAUUUUGGAGCAGUAGACUUCUCAACGCCUCGCCUGACCCUAUCUUCUUCAAUCGGAAAUGGUCUCAGUUAUGUUUCCAAGUUUCUAACUUCAAAGCUAAAUGCUAGCUCCACAAGUGCACAAGGUCUAGUUGACUACUUGCUCACUUUGAAUCACCAAGGAGAUAAACUGAUGAUCAAUGAGACACUCAGCACCGUCUCAAAGCUACAGGCUGCAUUGGUUGUAGCAGAAGCGUCUAUUUCUUCCUUACCAACUGAUACACCAUAUCAGAGCUUUGAGCUAAGAUUCAAACAGUGGGGUUUUGAGAAAGGAUGGGGUGAUACGGCUGAAAGAGUCCGAGACACCAUGAGAACACUUUCGGAGGUGCUUCAGGCACCAGAUCCAUUGAACAUUGAGAAGUUCUUUGGAAGGGUUCCAACUGUUUUCAACAUUGUAUUGUUCUCUGUCCAUGGAUACUUUGGCCAAGCUGAUGUUCUUGGCUUGCCAGACACCGGUGGUCAGGUGGUUUAUGUUUUGGAUCAAGUUGUAGCUUUUGAGGAAGAAAUGCUACAAAGAAUUAAACAGCAGGGUCUCAAUGCUAAGCCUCAGAUUCUUGUGGUAACCCGGCUAAUCCCAGAUGCAAAAGGAACAAAGUGUAACCAGGAACUAGAACCAAUCAAGAAUACAAAACAUUCGCACAUCCUCAGAAUUCCAUUUAGGACAGAAAAAGGAGUGCUUAAUCAAUGGGUUUCUCGAUUCGAUAUCUACCCGUAUCUGGAGAGAUAUACUCAGGUGUGCUUCUUUAUAUCAACCUGCUCGCCCACAGAGGGUUUUUUCCUAAAUUACAUUUUUUUGCCUUGUCUAAAGGAUGCUUCUGACAAAAUCAUCGAGCUAAUGGAAGGCAAGCCUGAUCUAAUCAUUGGUAACUACACCGAUGGGAAUUUAGUGGCAUCAUUAAUGGCUAGAAAACUUGGGAUAACUCUGGGAACAAUUGCUCAUGCUCUGGAGAAGACUAAAUAUGAAGAUUCUGACAUCAAAUUGAAGGAACUUGACCCAAAGUACCACUUCUCAUGCCAAUUCACAGCUGAUUUGAUUGCAAUGAAUUCAGCAGAUUUUGUCAUUACAAGCACAUAUCAAGAAAUAGCUGGAAGCAAAGACAGGCCAGGGCAGUAUGAAAGCCAUAGUGCAUUUACCCUUCCAGGGCUUUUUAGAGUUGUUUCAGGCAUCAGUGUCUUUGAUCCUAAAUUUAACAUUGCUGCUCCUGGGGCAGACCAGUCGGUGUACUUUCCUUACACAGAAAAGCAGAAGCGCUUGACCAACUUCCGCCCUGCCAUUGAGGAACUUCUUUUUAGUAAAGUGGAUAAUGACGAGCACAUUGGAUAUUUAGAAGACAGAAAGAAACCUAUUCUCUUCACCAUGGCGAGGCUGGACACAGUGAAGAACACAACUGGCCUAGCUGAAUGGUAUGGCAAGAACAAGAGGCUCAGAAGCUUAGUUAACCUUGUUGUGGUUGGUGGUUCCUUUGAUCCUACAAAAUCCAAGGAUAGAGAAGAAGCAGCUGAAAUAAAAAAGAUGCAUAUGCUGAUAGAGAAAUACCAGCUUAAGGGGCAGAUUAGAUGGAUAGCAGCUCAGACUGACAGAUACAGGAAUAGCGAACUCUAUCGCACAGUAGCAGAUUCAAAAGGAGCUUUUGUGCAGCCAGCUUUGUAUGAAGCAUUUGGUCUUACAGUCAUUGAAGCAAUGAACUGUGGAUUACCAACCUUUGCCACCAACCAAGGCGGCCCUGCUGAGAUUAUUAUUGAUGGUGUCUCAGGUUUCCACAUCGAUCCAAAUAAUGGAGAUGAAUCAAGCAACAAAAUUGCUAACUUUUUCCAGAAGUGCAAGGAGGAUCCUGAGCAUUGGAAUAGGAUUUCAGCACAGGGUCUAAAGCGUAUAUAUGAAUGUUACACAUGGAAAAUCUAUGCAAACAAGGUAUUGAAUAUGGGGUCCCUCUACACUUUCUGGAGGACAUUGUACAAAGAUCAGAAACAGGCAAAGCAAAGAUACGUAGAGACUUUCUACAGUCUCGAAUUUAGGAACUUGGUAAAAGAUGUGCCUGUCAAAAAGGACGAUGAAACACCACAAGUACCAAAGGAGAGGGCGAAAGUUAAGCCACAGAUAUCACAAAGGCAUGCUCUAAAUCUUUUGCCCACAGUUUUCAAGAGACCUAGUAUAUUCCAAUACUAAAUUAGAAUUGUACAGCAAGCAGCUUCUUCUUUUAAAAAAAAACAAAAAACGGUAACUAAGGAGCUACUUCUUCUAUUCACCUCUAAGACUCCAGUUCAUGUCAAUCAAGUAGACAAAGUCUACACAUUGGGUCUAUUCUUUCCUAUGUUUGAUUUUUAUUUAUGGGGUAGUCUUCCUUCAGUGUUUUUUCCUGUACUUCGUUCCCUACAACUGAACAGAUGUAUCCGUUUUUUCUAUGGUACCAGGCGCUCACAAUCAAGGUUGCAGAAGUAAGAUUUGAUACAAUUGCUACUUCAUGAAUCAAGGAUGUAUCUAUUUCUUUUUUCCUCCUCUCCUUUGGAAGUAACUAAUAGUUUAAAGUGUCAUCCUGCAGGUUGUUUGGAUCAUCGAACAGCCAGGCAUGAUACUUGUUCCACCAUUGUCAACAGAAACACACACAAAUAAAGAGAGUGUAACUUUUUCAAGUGUGAUUUGUAAUUCAAUUUCAAGACAAAAUAAAUGAAAACUAGCAGUGAGUGUAACUUUUUCAAGUGUGAUUUGUAAUUCAAUUUCAAGACAAAAUAAAUGAAAACUAGCAAUGCUGGCGUCUUGUUUGCUUCCAAA